GAUACCGAUUUUUGAGGGCCGUUUAACAGCCAUCGCGGAUCAAUAAAUUCAAGGCACUAGCCAGUAGCCACUACGUAGUUAGCUGGCUGGAUCGGCUGUUCGUUUCAUUGACUCUUCGACAGUCUUUUCGUUUUUGGUGAACAUUGUGAACGCGCGUAAAGGAAUAACGAUGCUAAUCCAAUGUUCGCUCAUUGUCCAAGACCUAACUUGUGCUCGGCCGAACACUCGGUCGCUCAGGUCGUGUGUGAUGACCAAAAAACWAAACGACGAAUACUAUGUGUGUGUGAAGAACUCGAUGUUUCCGAACGUCAGAAACUACAAGCUCACCAUGUUGCAAAACAUAUACCACAAWUUCAUCAAACAAGGGAAGUUGGGAUUGGAGUUCAGCGAGCCCAGRCAAGCAUUAUUGAUAGUAUGCGAAGACAAAAGAUUGCUUUACGUUUUCUUCCGUCAACUUAAGAACAUUAUUGACGGAAAAAACGUAUUAAUCGGCACACAUCAAAUGCCUAAGACAGUACCUGCUAAAAGUGACCUUAUAAAUCGUUUUGAUCCAAUGUCUCUSCAGUUUGUUGCUGUAAAUCGUUUUGACAACCGUGUAUUGAAUAUGAGACAUUUGAAUAAACUUGUGUUGGAAAACUGCGAUUUACAUACACUUCCUAUACAGAUUGGCCAUUUACCGAUUAAAUAUCUUAGCAUUUCAGGUAGUAAACUACCUACAUCAAAAAAUGAACUAGAUAUCUUCUGGAAUUGGACAUCUAUAAUCACAAUUUGCCAUACAUUAACAACCUUAAAAAUGGAUUCCAUUGGUUUGAAAAAGUUGCCGUUUGAAAUAUUCUUCCUAAAAAAUCUACAAACUUUGUCUGCAUCCAACAAUAAUCUGUCAUAUUUACCUCAGUUCAUCGGCGAUCUYAAGAAACUUGAAAGCUUAUUUGUUGCUGACAACUCAUUAGUAUACUUUCCUCAUAUUUUAUCUUGCAGAACCUUCAAAGAAGUCGACAUAUCAAAUAAUUUAUUUCAGUUACCGAGAUCUCUACAGUUUGAUCACAUAAUUAAAUAUUUAAAAGUAUUUGAAACUGAAGUGAAAAGAGAUAUAGUAUUAGAUAUAAAACCAUUAAAUCACUUGGCAUUUUACAAUAUGCUGGAUAAUUGGAUACCAUUUAAGAGACAAGAUAUACCUCGUACACUGUGGAUAUAUUUUGAUGUAGUUGGUCGUUGUAUGUUGUGUAAUAAGUGGAUACUACCUGAGUAUUCUCGAAUAAGUCAUACGUAUGCUUUACCUACAGCAAUAAGUACAAUUAAAGAUCACACAAUCAACGGUAUACCAUGGCAAUCAUUGAUAUGUUGUUAUAGAUAUGAUUGUAAGAGACGAGUUUAGUAUAAGCCAUAUUUAUGUAUAUUUAUUGAUAUGAAACUUAAUUAAGUAUAAAAAAUAUUCUAAUUAAAAAGUGUAUUUAUAAAAAUUGACAUUAUCUUUUAUCACUGUAUCAAUGUUUAAUACUAAACUAAUAAUACAAAUAAACAAAUAAAACAAAUAAUAAUA